CUACAAUAAAAAUCUUUGAACUUUUAAGGGUUAACUAUUUUUCUAAGUUGUCACCAUUGUGAAAAGAUUUCGGAAAGAUAUGAUGCGUACCUGACGGCGUAUCCAGGACCGUAGCUGGUGUAAUUUCACCCAAGAGAGAUUUGCCCUUUGCCCUGCGAAGUUCUCAUCAUGUCUUCCGAGCCAGUGCAGCCCUGUACGAAUUCCGUUAAUGUCUGUUCCUUUGUGGACAUCGCCACGGUCCAGCGAUUCCUGGACGGACUACAGGAUCUGAAGAGCAGUGGAGUUCUGUGCGACGUGGUGCUCAAAGGAGCGGAAGAUUUAUCGGCUGGGAUUCCUUGUCAUCGGGUGGUUCUCUGCGCGCAGAGCAGCUACUUUCGCUCCAUGUUUACAUCCGAGUGGAAAGAAUCCUCUCAAGAGGAGAUCCGGUUGCGCAAUAUCCCUACUGAUACGUUAAAAAAGUUGGUGAAUUACGCGUACACUCUGCAAAUCUCCCUUGAUGCUGACAGUAUUCAGUCAGUCCUCACUGCAGCGCUCUUCUUAGAUAUUUCUCCCGUCGCUAAACUGUGCUGGGAUUUUCUGGAAAAUCACUUGGAUGUUUCCAGUUGUCUACAGGUGUAUUCUCUGGCGCGGAUGCAUAACAAUCCGCAUCUAGCUGACAAGGCCAAAGUUUUUGCUUUUCGGCACUUUUCCCACAUUGCACGGAGUGUUGACUUCUUGCGCCUCGAUGCGGAAAAGGUGACUGAGCUGAUAGGAUCCGAUGAGUUAUGCGUCGACAACGAGGAUGAGGUGUUUGAGGCUGUUAAGAGUUGGUCUGAUUACGACCCGGCUGGUCGGAGUGCGCAGCAGUCCGAUAUUUUGCAAUAUAUCCGUGUGUCAUUUCUUUCUCCCAAGCGUCUUGAAAAUUAUUUUUUGGCCCUGUAUAAUGGACUUAACAAUUCCCGCGCUGGUAAUUCCCAAGAUCAAUCAAGGACACUGGAUGAACUGCCCGUCCGUAAUCCGGAAGCAGUAAUAUCUCGAAGUCGACCCCGAGAAUCUUAUGGUUUGCCAAAGGUUAUUGUGUAUGUUGGCGGCUGUGAUGAGGACGAUGCCGCUCUGGACUAUGUAGAAGUUUUCAGUCCAUCCAUGUCCAUUAUAUGGCGGGUCGAGACACCAACGCUUCCGUAUGGCGUCGAUGGAUGUGGUGUAACGGUUCUGAAGAAGAAUUCGUUGGUCGUAUGUGGCGGAAAUUAUGAAAGUAUGUAUAGCGGCACGAAGGGAGUCAGCCGACUUGAUCUGUUCCCUGGUGGAUGUACAACGCUGGCGCCCAUGCUAGUUAGCCGCGCCUAUGGCGGUACAGCUGCACUUCAUGGCCGUAUUUACGCUGUGGGUGGCUGUAACUCCGAAAGGACGGUGAUGGCUGCCGUGGAAUUUUACGACACAGAAAAAAAUAUCUGGCAGUCUCUGGCUGACCUACCGCAGCCGUUACUUGGCUUUGCCAUGGUGGCGACCCGUAACCGGCUGUACGUGUUUGGGGGAAUGUCACAACUGAGAGGGCAUGUUAGUCUUAACACGGCCUUCUGUUACAAUCCAACUGAGGACGUGUGGACGAAACUGGCCGAUAUGCCGACGGCACGACGAUACUGCAGUGCCUGUGUGGGGUCGAAUGGCCUAAUUUACGUUAUCGGUGGAAUAUCUACUGAUGGUCGUUAUAGUUUGCGUUGCGUGGAGGUUUACGAUACCAGUAAUGAUCAGUGGUCGAAUAAAUGUGACAUGAUUAGCGGUCGCUCCAGCGCUGGGUGUGCGUAUGUGGAUCGCAAAAUUUACGUUCUGGGCGGCUCUUACGAACCUGCUAGGUGCGAUACUAACACUAUCGAAUUUUUUGACGAGGAUGCAGAUAAAUGGAACCUUCAUCCUUGCCGACUAUCCGAGCCCAGAAUCGACUUCGGUUGUACGGUGAUGACGAUAGAAAAGGGUACCGAUAUAACGGCUCAAAUGAAUUCCACCGAGGAUAAUUAAGAAAUGGGGGAAUAAAAAGAAAACGUACCAACUGAUGUGCCCCGCUUGAUCGUGAAUUACUGGAUUACCAUUUGAAAUGGUUUAACGUUGUUACCGGUUAUUGCUGAUUGGACUAGCAGUUUAGCAAACACGAGGUAGUUUCUUAAGGGUAGAUCCAAGAACUUACUCUCACACUAUAGUAAGUACUUGGUAGAUCCUAAAUACGGUUUUAUGUUUUAUACUGAAUUAGCUAGGUUCGAAGAAAGUGCGAGAGCCAUGACUAAGCGUUCUGCGAGCUGUGCGGA